UCCUCUUCCGCUCCCUUCUCCCCCUCUUUUUAAUUAAAAAUCCACCUUUCUUCUUCUUCAUCCUCCAUGGGAUUCCCGUUUAAAUUCAAACGAACGCCAGGAACAGUGUUCUACUGGGAAAAGAACGACUGGUCCAGAAAGAAUGGAUAUCGACUCCCGAUUGAUGUCUACAUGAUCAUGCAAUGGGUUUGCUUGAUCACGCUCGACCUCGGCUUUUUCUGUUUCUUGAUUCAUUUCUUGACCGUGUAUGAAAAUGUGACCUUACCUCCCAUCUUGGAAACAACUUUUGAAAACCUGAAUCCCUCACUCCUACAAGCAAACAAUGCUUAUAUUAGUCCGUAUACAACUUGGGCCUGUAAAAUAUCCUUUUCGUAACAAUGAUCUCGCUUAUCUCUUUAAUAGAUUCCCACCUCCCCUUUUAUAUAUACAUGUGUAUCUUCUAUGUCUACCUUAACCCUUUUUUUUAUUAUCAUUAUUACAUCAUGGCAGGAUUUACAACGUUAGUCAAGAUUCUUAGUAUAACAACGUCGAUGAUAGAGACAGAAGAUCCAGUAGUGACCAGUCAGCGGAAUCACGUGACAAGGAGUCCGACGUAUGUAAGACGAUAUGGUAUACCUGUGAUUGAUAGCUUCUCGGGGAUAUGUAACAUUUGUCGAGUCAAAGUAUCAGAGAGCACUCGGCAUUGUAAACUGUGUAACAAGUGUGUGGAUAGAAUGGAUCACCAUUGUAAAUGGCUUAAUUGCUGUGUUGGAAAGAGUAACUAUCGAUUUUUUAUGAUGCUUGUGGUGUCUGCAUUUUUAGCUCUACUAUGGUAUGCUUAUAUGGCAUUGUAUGCAACCUGGUCCUGUUUUUAUGACAAGAAUGUGUUCAUGAUACACGCGUUCCAGAUAGUUGAUAUCAGAAAGUAUAAAGCUAAUAUUAAUCGGAUUUAUUAUGCUUGCGCCUUGAUAACCUUAUUUAUUACUGUUAUUGUCAUUGCAUCAUUGAUAGCCAUCACAAGAUUACUGAUCUUUCAUAUUAAGCUCGCCACAAUGAACAUGACGACCAUUGAAUAUUUAAAUUUACCUGUGAGAACAAAUUACAACAAUAGCAUGUUUGAUUCCGACGAAGAUUACUAUUAUUCAGACUCGGAUAGCUCUGACGAACGACCCACAGUUUGGAAACGAUCGUUGAAUUCAAGAAGCAAAAGUUACAGCCUGUAUCGCAAGGUAACACACAAAGUACGACGUACCUGGAUUUUGAUGGCGCGAAAAGUGGUUCCCAACUAUAGAUAUCGGCGCUUGACUACGAACUCUAAACGUAACUGCUGUUGUGCUCCUUUCACAAGAACAACAAAAAAGCCUCAGGUAUUACCUACUGCCAUUGCUAGAAAACAGCGCAUGACACGUGAUACAUCAAGAUUAGAGACGCGGGAGAAUGUCAAUAUGGAGGAGUUUUUCGCGACGAGGACGAUUCGACCCAUGGACGGAGACAAUGGCAGUGAACCUGACUAUGAUGAUGACAUGGGUUUAGAUCUGUCUGGUCUGGAUAGAUUUUCAGAUGAUAAUGAAGAAGAGGAGGUUCAUGUAAAAGUCGUGAAUCGUAGUAAAGCUGCCCGUUUAUUGGACUUGUCGGAAGAGGACACACUGGUUCAUAUGCAGCUACCUCUCCAACCAAUGGAGAUACCAAAAGAGGAAACCGCAUUGUCUGAAUUGUAAUUUUUUUAAACAAAAAGAUUAUGCACCUUAUUAUUAUGUCAAUGGCUGGUUUGUCUAUAUGGAUAAACACCAUUUGCAGUAAUGAAAACGAAAUUGAAAAAUACGGUUUAAUACCAGUGGCAUAAAUAUCGCAAAAACUAUACCCUAUCUCUUUAUAUAAAAUCAAUAAAUUACAAUACCAUUGACUGUCCAUCUGCCCCGCA